CUUCCACUCACCGACUUACUCCUCCUAACGUUUCCGUCCCCACUCAUUCGGCCCCAGCUUCAAGUCUUUCCAGCUUACACCAAAGACAUAGAAAGGACACAGGGAGACACCAACAGAGAGAUUGCCUGCCUAGCGCUAUGUGGAAAGUGUCUCGAAUCAGCUGUUCCACCGGACUUGGGCGUCGCACAGGGAACUCGUCGUCGUCCUGGAUCUUAUCGAUUUAUUCUCAGGAGUCGCAGUCAACAAUCUUGAGAUACCGCGGAUUUCAAUCUGGAACAAGGCGUGUCUUGAAUCAAAGCAAUGGUGGCAGCGGCUCCAAUACCACUAAUGGUUCCGGGAAGCUUGUUAGCGACAAGAUCGCGAUCGAUUCGAAGGCAAAGAUGCGUAUGGAUCUCCGUAAAGAUGCUAUAUCUAACGGUGGAGGCAAGGGCAGUACCAAUGGCAGCAAAAAGUGGGAGCGGUCAUCGGAGCAUGCGGCGAGAACUCAGGACAGCCCCUAUCGUCGUGCCUACGAGGAAUCCCAGAACCGAUCUAAUAGCGGUCAAAAUAACCGCGGCAACAACAACAAUCGGAGACAACAAUCGGGUCAAGAGACGCGGCGAAUAGGAAGAUACUAUGAUGAGCGGCAUGGCGGUAAAGGCUCGGAUUCUUCCUCACAACAGGCCCGUCAGAACAUGCCAUCUUCAUUUGCAACAUCGUCUUCGUGGGGAUUCUCGGCACCUACUCCUUCAGCACCUCCCAAGCCAGUAGUCUCACCGCCUCCGUCAUUCGCGACGUCUUCUGGAUGGGGAUCCUCAACGUCGAUGCCAAACCCGGCUGUCGCACCCAAGCUUACUCACCAGCCAGUCGUCCCGGCACCUAAGCAACCUUCCGCUCAACCCGCAACUCCGAUAAAGAUCAGCUCCGAGAACGUGAAAGAGGCCGCUCCUAAACCAACGGAAUCCUCACCAGCAAAACCUGCAAUAUCGACACCUUCAGUUUCUACGCCAUCUACUGCCUCUGUAUCGACAGCUUUAAAGCCGGCACCAGCAGUACAGCCUCCUCAGCCAGAGCAGAAGCAGGCAGCGUCGACGUUUGUCAAAUCAACACGCACCGCCAAGGAGAAUGCCAAGAGACAGAUCGAGCAGCGAUCAAGGCAACGCAAGCAGCGCCAAAAGCCCGCCAAGGAUGUCUUUAUUCCUGAUGCGAUCAGCGUCUCCAACUUGGCAGGACUACUCGGAGCCAGGAUCGGACACUUUGAGAACACCAUGAAGGCAUUAGGCAUGGAGAUUACUCGGCACGAUCACAUUUUAACAUCGGAGGAAGCGUCUCUUUUGGCUUUGGAGUACAACGUCAACCCUAUCCUUGGCUCGACCGAGAAGUUGUUUGAUCUCACGGCAAAACCUGAGCCUGAGGACAUGUCUAUUUACCCAUUGCGACCACCAGUUGUGACCAUCAUGGGACAUGUCGAUCAUGGAAAGACGACGCUUCUGGAUUCCCUUCGCAAGACCUCUGUUGCUGCAGGAGAAGCAGGAGGCAUCACACAGCACAUCGGCGCCUUCUCAGUUCUUUUGCCAUCCAAGCAACGAAUCACCUUCUUGGAUACUCCUGGACACGCAGCAUUCUCGGCCAUGCGCGCUCGUGGUGCUCACACGACCGAUAUUGUCGUCCUAGUAGUCGCUGCCGAGGACGGAGUGAUGCCCCAAACCGCAGAGGCGAUCAAGCACGCCGAGGAAGCUGGUGUUCCCGUCAUUGUUGCGAUCAACAAGUGUGACAAGUAUGGAGCUGAGCCAGACAAGGCCAAGCAGGCGCUGCUCAAGUACGGUAUCACGGUCGAAGACCUUGGAGGAGAGACGCAGUGUGUUGAGGUAUCAGGCCUGACGGGUAAGAACCUUGACAAGCUGGAGGAGGCGAUUCUCACUCUUGCUGAGGUCCUGGAUCUGAGAGCCGAGGUCGACAUGGGAGGCGAGGGCCAUGUGAUCGAAUCCCAGAUCGAGAAGGGGCGCGGGAAUGUGGCAACCGUCCUUGUAAAGCGUGGAACGCUUCGUGUUGGUGACAUGAUCGUUGCAGGAGACACUUGGUGCAAGGUCAAAGCGCUGGUUAACGAUACAGGGAAGAACGUGAAGGAGGCCUCGCCUGGUACGCCGGUCAAGGUCAUGGGAUGGAAGGAUCUUCCCAAGGCUGGAGAUGAGAUGCUGGGCGCCGAGUCCGAGGAACAAGCCAAGCUUGCGGUGACAAAUAGGGCGCUGAAGAAGGAGAGACAGGAACAAUUGAAGACCUUGGUGGCCAUCAACGAAAAGCGUCGUAUCACUGCUGAGGAGGAGGACGAGGAGAAGGCGGCACUCCGAGAGUUCAAGCGCAGAGCAUGGCUCUUCCACCAAGGCGUGCUUGACGCCUAUCCUGAGCAGCCCCAAGUCAAGAAGCAGAUGUCUGUGGCUGCCAUGGCCGCCAAGGAAGAAGAGGAAAGCGAGGUCAAGAAUCUGAGGAUGGUAGUCAAGGGCGAUGUCAGUGGUACAGUCGAGGCAGUCUGCGAUGCGCUCUCCGGUUUACCCGCUAACCAGGUCAAGGUCGGUGUCAUCCAGAGCGGCGUAGGAAACAUUAGCGAGAGCGACAUUCAGUUUGCCUCGUCCUGCGGAGCCAUGGUCCUGGGAUUCAACGUGAAGGCGGAUAAGAAGCUUCUGCAAACGGCACGUCAGAUGGGCGUCGCUAUCAAAUCCUACAGUGUGAUCUACAAACUGCUAGACGAUGUCAAGGUCGAGAUGGCGACACUGCUGCCUAAAGAUAUCGAGAUCCAAGUUGUGGGCGAGGCUAAAAUUGCACAGAUCUUUCCCAUUAAGAUGAAGGGCGGUCAGACCCAGAACGUGGCCGGUUGUCGUAUCACGAACGGAGGAGUGAGCAGAAAGGAAGAUGUGCGAAUUGUCCGCGAUGGCGAGGUCAUUUGGGACGGACGAUUGUCGACGCUGAAGAGAGUCAAGGAGGAUAUUCAGGAGGCCAAGAAAGGGACGGAGUGUGGCAUGGAAUUUGACGGAUUCCAAGAUUUUAAAGAGGGAGAUGUUAUCCAGAGUAUUAAGAAGAUGGAGGUCCUUAGAAAGCUGUAACAACACACACAUAUUCACCAGCACACAGCAUCGGCGCCAUGGCCUGAGCUCUCUCAUCCUUUAGUUCUUUUUUUUUUUUUUGUAUUGUACCAUAGCUCAUUUCCCUUUCAC